AGCGGCCGUUGGCUCAGAUUUUGCUCCGCCGCUUCACUUUCAGCCUCUCACCGCCACUCACAGGACACUGUCCCAGCAGACCGCAGAUAUAACGUGCACCAUGGCAGAGCAGGAGCCUACAAAAGAGCAGCUGGCAGCGCUGGAAAUCAAGGACGAAGACGAUGAAACCAAUACUAACUACAAACCUCCUGCCCAGAAGAGCCUACAGGAGAUCCAGGAGCUGGACAAAGAUGAUGAGAGCCUGCAGAAGUACAAGGCCACACUGCUGGGCAAUGUAGCUGGUGUGGAAGCAGACCCCAGCCUCCCCAACGUCCAGGUGACCCGUAUGACUCUGGUGUGUGAAACGGCUCCCAACCCUCUGGUCCUUGAUCUGACUGGAGACCUUCAGGCUUUCAAGAAGGAGGCAUUUGUGCUGAAAGAAGGAGCUGAAUACAGAAUAAAGAUCAACUUCAAGGUCAACAGAGAUAUCGUGUCAGGCCUGAAGUAUAAUCAGCAAACAUACAGGAAAUCGGUAAAGGUUGAUAAAGCGGACUACAUGGUCGGCAGCUACGGGCCCAGACCAAAGGAGGAAUACGAGUUCCUGACCACCAUGGAGGAGGCACCCAAAGGAAUGAUCGCCCGCGGUUCCUACACGAUCAAGUCCAAGUUCACCGAUGAUGACAAGCACGAUCAUCUCAGCUGGGAAUGGAACAUCAAUAUCAAGAAGGACUGGACAAAUUAAUCCCCCCUCGCCAUCCCGCUUCAACGUCUUCCUCCUCUUUGUCCCCUUCUUGUCUCGCUGUCAUUCCAUUAUUUCUGUCUGGCUUUUGCUCUCUCCGUCCAUCAACAACCAGAAUCUUUCUUUUUCUAAAUUCCAAUCACUUCAUCAUUCCCACUCCCAUCGUAAUGCUUUCGUUUUCUUUGCACCUGCCCUUUCUGUAUUAAAGUAUUAGUAGUAAAUCUUUAAAAAAAAAUAAAAAAAGGAGAAAGCAAUCCAGCUUUUGCGGUUUAUGAUAGAAAAAAUUAACAAAAAAAAAAAUAUUCUGCUCUUGGAAAAAUGAUCAACUAUUUAACGCUUUCCUUUCCUUCCUUCCUUCCUUCGCCCUUUUCAUUCUUCUGUGUUUUUCAGAUUGUUUUGUACAAUUACCGUGAUCGGCCUUGGAAAGCAUUGUGCAGGAAGUAGUCGUGCUGUAUGUGUGUAUGUGGCCACUGUAGCGGUCAUUGAGCAAUCAUUGCUGGACACAACUCUUGGACGCAGCCCUCCUAAAGCCUUUGAGCAGAUUAUUUGUACCAGGGUCUUGGUGAAUUAUUUGGAAUUCAGGCCACCUCUUUUUCAAA